CUUUUUCGAAUGACGUGUAAUUGUUUUUUGACACUUGCAGUUUGCUGAUUUGCUGUGUUUUUCUAAGAAUUAUUUGAGGAAUAAACAUUUUGAUAACAUCGUCGUCAUGAUUACAGACAUCCAGUUAGCCGUUUUCUCCAACAUUCUAGGCGUAUCUAUUUUUCUUCUGGUCAUAUUGUAUCAUUAUAUCAACGCUAACAGUUCCAAAUAAAAAAACGUAAGUAAUCAUUGAAUAAAACUGAU